AUGAGCAGUCAGACCCGCGACCGCUCGCCCUCCCAGGCCAGCCAUGCGCAGUACAUAAGCAAGCAUGCCUCCGGCCCCAACAACCACCCCCCACUCGACCCUUCCUUCGUCCCCGACCCUACCUUGUCGCACGGCCAGUACACCUCAUUCGGCGCACACCAAGGCCACGACCUCCUCAGCGAUCCGACGUUCGGACAGGGCGAUCAGUCUGACUUCUUCCUCGACACCAGCAACUACCCGCAACUCCCUCGGACACAGCAUCUGCCUUUGCACGACCCCUCGAUCGCGAACCACACUUUCCUGCAGUCCUCAGGCAUAGGAGGCCAGGGCGCUUCGUCUGGCUACCCAUACUCGCAAGGCGGACAAGGCAGCAACCACGUAUCGCCUGGCGCAUUGAGUCAGGGCACUUCACCUUCCGGCGCAAACGAGUCGAGCGCCUUUCCCUCCUUCGACUUUAACCCCAACUUCGACUCCUCCGCCUCGCUUGACCCGUCUAUGCUGAACGAUCUUCACCCGGAGACGCUGAACAUAGAUACUUCCAACAACGGCUCCAUGGCAGCCAUGCAACAAUCACACACACCUACUCCACCUCACCUGCUGCCUGAUACGGCGCGCCGAUCCUCCAACAGCCCGAGUCCGUCUACUUCGCCCAGCUACGCACACAACCAGUUUGGCGUAAACAGACCGCGAAAUACCUCGGAGUCGCUUGACCCGUCGAGUGCCAUGUUCCCACAAGGCCAGGCGGACUGGUCGAGCAUGAAUCUAGGCGGUUACAGAGGGCACAGGAGAACACCGUCAGACAACUACUCAGACUACUCGUCACAUUCAAAUCAGGCAUCGCCAUAUCUUCCCACUAUGGACAGCUUCGACUCGAAUGCACACUCCUCGCCUCUGCUCAAUUCGCAAGAUCCUACGUUCAAUAAUGACCUCGGACUCCAGCAGUUCAGCUUGAACGAUAAUUCGCCUCAGCAACAACAUCCGCCGCAGCAGAGCUACCACAGUCCUGGCCAUAGCCCUCACAUCUCUCCCCGAUUAAUGGCACAGCAGCAUGCGCUACCCCAGUUUACGGCAGACAACAACUUUGGCAUGAACCCGGACAUGCAUUUCCAGCCGCAGCAAAACGGGCUGGAGAUGUUUCCAGGUGUUGGACAAGAACCCUUCCCGUCGCUCAGCCAUAACAACUCUGUGGACUUGAGUGGAAAUGCCGACCAGAUGAGCCCGCCGGAGAUCAGCAUCAACUAUGCACCGCCUACGCAGCCGGUGGAGAACGCGAGGCCUGGGAAUAAUGAUGGCGAGGCGUUGAGUCCGCCGAUGAGAACCCAAAGCCGGAACAGGAUACGAGCCAAAUCAGACUCCUACGCUGGCUCACGAUCACCUAGCCCCUCCAUAGCUGGCCGCGGUCGCUCUCCAUCCCUCCAACCAGAACUCUCCGGCGAAAAGCUCUCCCCCUACAACGACCCCGUCUCCCGCUCCUCCUCCCCCGGCCGAAGCCGCAACGGCUCCCUCGGCCGCGGCCGCAGCACCAGCAACGCCUCGGACCAACGCGACUACAUCCUCAACCUCGCCGAGCCCGAACGCACCCCCUCCAACGGCGCCAAAGAGGGCCGCGUGCAAAAACACCCCGCCACUUUCCAAUGCACCCUCUGCCCCAAACGCUUCACCCGCGCCUACAACCUGCGCUCCCACUUACGGACACAUACCGACGAGCGCCCCUUCGUCUGCACCGUCUGCGGCAAAGCUUUCGCAAGACAGCACGACCGUAAGCGUCAUGAGGGCUUACAUAGCGGCGAGAAGAAAUUCGUCUGCAAAGGCCACCUCAACUCCGGCGGCACAUGGGGUUGCGGACGGCGCUUCGCCCGUGCCGACGCUCUGGGCCGCCAUUUCCGCUCCGAAGCCGGGCGGGUGUGCAUCAAACCCCUCCUCGACGAGGAAGCCGCCGAACGCCAAAAAGCCUGGAUGGAAGAGCAACAACAAGCCCAAGUCGCCGCUGGCCUCGUCGCGCCGCAGCCGCUAAUGCAGCAGCCGCAGCAAGUCGACAUGAUGGGCAACUUCCUCCCCGCGGCGCUACUCGCCCAAUAUCCCGCCCUCGCUGGACUGGACUGGAACGCCAUCGGCUCCGGACCAACAGCGGAAGAAGACUACUCGGGCCGCAGCUCGUUCGAUGCAAGUAGUGGAGGCGAAUACUACGAAGAUCUCAGCGAGAGCGAGAUGGGCUCCUACCCCGAUCCGAGCCAGAUGGGUUUGCAGAAUAAUCUGGGCAUGCAGGCUGCACAGGCGGGUCCGCAGCAGGGGCAGCAGCAGGGCGCUUUUGGGUAUGGUGGGGGAGGGGGGCACGGGGAUUAUUUGAGCGAUUUUGAGGGGAGAUGA